AUGGCGCCGCUCUCACAACUUCUUCUUUUGAUGACCUUUUCCGGCCUUCUUUGUGAACUGGCCGGGGUGCGCUCCUUCGCGGCGAAAGGGGAAACGGAGCUGCGGAUCGUCGGCGGUCAGGAGGCCUGGGCGCACUCUUGGCCGUGGCAAGUGUCGCUCCGCUUCGCCGGCAUGCCGGCGUGCGGCGGCGCCGUCCUCUCGCCGCUCUGGGUGAUCUCGGCCGCCCACUGUUUCAAAAGGUUCCACAAGGCUUCCUUCUGGACGGUCCUAGCGGGAAAACACGACCUGGACCACCCCGAUGAGAAGGGACAGCAGGCGGAGGGUUACGAGCGCGCCGCCGUCAAUCGGGUUCAGGUGGCGGGCGUGUCGGCCAUCGUCAGCCAUCACCGCUACAACUCCGGCACCAAAGAAUUUGACGUGGCUCUGCUGAGGCUGGAGCGAGCGCUGGCCUUCGACGGCUCCGUGCGACCCAUCCACGUGUGGACGUCGUCGUUGCCCGUCGGGGAGAAGUGCGCCGUCACCGGCUGGGGGUCCACGCGGGAGAACGGGCCUCGAGUGUCGCGACUGCAGGAGGUCAACGUCACCGUGCUGACCUCCGACCUCUGUCGGCGCUACUACAAAAGCAGGCUGCGGACACGCAUGUUCUGCGCGGGACAGGAAGGGGGCGACGUCGACGCGUGUCAGGGCGACUCCGGCGGUCCGCUUUCCUGCUACGCCAACGGGCGCUUCCGUCUAUUGGGCGUUGUGAGCUGGGGCGUGGGCUGCGGUCGGGCCAGAAAACCCGGCGUCUACAGCAGACUCGGCCAGUACGCUAGCUGGAUCGCAGAGGUCGUCGGUAGGUAUUCCGGCAAAAGUCGAACGCUUUUCGCCGCCUUCUCUCAUUCGGCCGGGCACACGGCGUCUUUCAGAAAACCAGGAAUUGGGCUACGCGGACAAGCCUGGCGAAGGUACGCCUCGUCGACUUUUCGGCGCGACGCCGGGCUAACGUCGAGCCGAUCCCGCGCAGAAGACCCGUGCGGGAAGCGGCGUCGGUCCGGCUGCCGGAACCCCCGGAUCCCGGCGGGUCUGUCGAUAGCAGAGGACGGGCGGGCCCGGGCGGAGAACGUGACGGCGGCGUGUCCGGGGGCGUGGCCCUGGCAGGUCAGCCUCCAGGCCAACGGCGUCCAUUACUGCAGCGGGGUUCUGCUUCGCCGACGCUGGGUGCUGGCCGCGCGACACUGCCAAGUCAGGGCGGGAGAGGACGUGGCGGUCCUGGGGGCCCACGACCUCGGCUUGUCUUUGUCUCAAAUGGUGCCGGUGGAGCGUGUCGUGGAGCCUCCUCAGGAAGACGGCUUCCCUCCCAAAGAUGACCUCGCGCUGCUCCGGCUCGCCCUCCCCGCCAGGCUGGGUCCCGGCGUGACGCCGCUUUGCCUGCCGGAAGAGGACGAGGUGCUGGACGACAGCUGGACCUGCCUCAGCGCCGGCUGGGGGACGACGUCCGCCACGGCCGGCCUCAAAUCCGAAGAUCUCCACCAAGCCCGCGUCCUAUUGGUGGGGCGCGGCGAGUGUCGGGCCAAGUGGGGCCGGAGCCCGGUCGACGACGCCCACGUGUGCGCCCACCCCGUCGCCGGCGCCGCCUGCACGGGCGACUCGGGAGCGCCGCUGUUCUGUCAAAAGCGCGGCGCCUACUUCCUGUUCGGCCUGCUGACGUGGGGCAGUCGCCGAUGCGACCCCGACAAGCCGGCCGUCUUUUCCAAAAUGACCGAUUACGUCUCGUGGAUCGACGAGGUGACGGAAGCCUAA